AUGUUUGGUAGUUUAUUGAAGCCCACAAGGCUUACGGCAAGUCCUUUCAAUGUUUUGAAGCGUUUCACACACGAAUAUGCGCCACGAUUCAAACAUGUUAGUAAAAAACAAAAGGGAAGAGUGCCAGUGCGUGUUGGAGGGUCAAUCAAGGGUUCCACGCUUCAGUUUGGAAGAUUCGGGCUGCGUUUGAGGUCCGAAGGUGAACGGCUAUCAGCACAGCAGUUAAGGGAAGCUGACAAUGCGAUAAUGAGGUAUGUUAGACCUCUAACCAACGGAAAGAUGUGGCGAAGACUAUGCACGAACAUUGCAGUCUGUAUCAAGGGUAACGAAACGCGUAUGGGUAAAGGUAAAGGUGGGUUUGAUCACUGGAUGGCUCGUGUGCCUACCGGAAAAAUUAUCUUUGAGAUGGAUGGCGAUGACCUGCACGAAAAAGUGGCACGAGAGGCUUUCCGCAAAGCGGGAACAAAGCUUCCUGGAGUUUACGAGUUUGUGUCUAGGGACUCCCUGGUGAGGGUUGGGCUAAAGAGCUUCAAAGAUCCUAAAGACGACCCCAAAAUCAAUUACCUCGAGGAGCUGAAGAAAAAGCCCACAAAGGACUUUAUAAACGAACAGCGGGCCAAACAGCCGCAAUACCGCAUGUUCAGAGGCCGCUAG